AGGGCCUCAUGCAUGCUAGGCCAGCUCUCUGCCACCGUGCCUUGCCCCUGGCCCCUGUGACGUUCUUAACAACUCUCAUCUCUUCCAGGAGUGACUAGCAUGGUCAAUGCAGGAGCCAUGAGUGGCUCUGGAAACCUGAUGGAUUUCCUUGAUGAGCCAUUCCCUGAUGUGGGGACGUACGAGGACUUCCACACCAUUGACUGGCUGAGGGAAAAGUCACGGGAUACUGACAGACACAGAAAGAUAACCAGCAAAAGCAAGGAGUCCAUCUGGGAGUUCAUCAAGAGUUUGCUGGAUGCCUGGUCAGGAUGGGUGGUGAUGCUUCUCAUCGGACUGCUGGCGGGCACCUUGGCUGGAGUCAUUGAUCUUGCUGUUGACUGGAUGACGGACCUGAAGGAGGGAGUCUGCCUGUCUGCGUUCUGGUACAGCCAUGAGCAGUGCUGCUGGACAUCCAAUGAGACCACUUUUGAGGACAGGGACAAGUGUCCCUUGUGGCAGAAGUGGUCAGAACUGCUGGUGAAUCAAUCAGAGGGCGUCAGUGCCUACAUUCUGAAUUACCUGAUGUACAUCCUGUGGGCGCUACUGUUUGCUUUUCUGGCUGUCUCUCUGGUGCGAGUAUUUGCGCCCUACGCCUGUGGCUCUGGUAUACCAGAGAUAAAGACCAUUUUGAGUGGCUUCAUCAUCAGAGGCUACUUGGGGAAAUGGACCCUGCUCAUCAAGACAGUCACCCUGGUGCUGGUCGUGUCCUCCGGCCUGAGCCUUGGAAAGGAAGGGCCACUGGUCCAUGUGGCUUGUUGCUGUGGCAACUUCUUCAGCAGCCUUUUCUCUAAGUACAGCAAGAAUGAGGGCAAGAGGCGCGAGGUCAGUUACUACUUUCCCUUGAAGACCUUGUGGAGGUCAUUUUUCGCAGCCCUUGUGGCAGCCUUCACUCUGAGAUCCAUCAACCCCUUUGGGAAUAGCCGCCUGGUUCUCUUCUACGUGGAGUACCAUACGCCCUGGUACAUGGCUGAACUCUUCCCUUUCAUCCUGCUUGGCGUCUUUGGGGGCUUGUGGGGAACUCUCUUUACCCGCUGCAACAUCGCCUGGUGCAGGAGGCGCAAAACUACCAGGCUGGGGAAGUACCCGGUGCUGGAGGUCAUCGUGGUGACAGCCAUCACUGCCAUCGUUGCCUACCCCAACCCCUACACACGCCAGAGCACCAGUGAGCUCAUUUCUGAGCUGUUCAAUGACUGUGGGGCCCUUGAGUCCUCCCAGCUAUGUGACUACAUCAACGACCCCAACAUGACUCGGCCUGUGGAUGACAUUCCAGACCGGCCAGCUGGGGUUGGGGUUUACACGGCUAUGUGGCAGCUGGCCCUGGCAUUGAUCUUCAAAAUCGUCAUUACCAUAUUUACCUUUGGCAUGAAGAUUCCCUCUGGCCUCUUCAUCCCUAGUAUGGCUGUAGGAGCCAUGGCAGGCAGGAUGGUAGGAAUUGGUGUGGAGCAGCUGGCUUACCAUCACCACGACUGGAUCAUCUUCAGGAAUUGGUGCAGACCUGGAGCAGACUGUGUGACGCCAGGACUUUAUGCAAUGGUGGGAGCUGCAGCCUGCUUAGGUGGAGUGACCAGGAUGACAGUGUCACUGGUGGUCAUCAUGUUUGAAUUAACGGGAGGUCUGGAGUACAUCGUGCCCCUGAUGGCAGCAGCCGUGACCAGCAAGUGGGUGGCUGAUGCCUUUGGGAAAGAAGGCAUCUAUGAGGCCCACAUUCACCUAAACGGGUACCCGUUUCUCGAUGUGAAGGAUGAAUUCACCCACCGCACCCUGGCCACUGAUGUGAUGCGGCCCCGACGGGGAGAGCUGCCACUGUCGGUCCUUACCCAGGACAGCAUGACCGUGGAGGACGUGGAGACACUCAUCAAAGAAACGGACUACAAUGGGUUCCCUGUGGUGGUCUCCAGAGACUCUGAGCGCCUCAUUGGGUUCGCACAGAGGAGGGAGCUGAUCCUAGCAAUAAAGAAUGCCCGGCAGAGGCAGGAGGGCACUGUGAGCAGUUCCAUCCUGUACUUCACGGAGGAGCCCCCUGAGCUUCCGGCCAACAGUCCACACCCGCUGAAGCUGCGGCGCAUUCUGAACCUGAGCCCUUUCACGGUCACUGACCACACCCCCAUGGAGACGGUGGUGGACAUCUUCCGCAAACUGGGGCUUCGCCAGUGCCUGGUGACACGGAGCGGGAGGCUUCUUGGUAUCAUCACAAAGAAGGACGUUCUGAGACACAUGGCUCAGAUGGCCAACCAGGAUCCCGAAUCCAUCAUGUUUAAUUAGCAACAAAGUGGCAGUUACUUUGAGAAAACCACCGGCUAUAUCAUUUUUAAAGGAAAACAAAUGAUAUACUAUUAUAUGCACUGGGGGCAGCAGAAACAAAGCUUUGUUUGAAAGGGGGGAAGAAGGAUAGAACAUUAAGGAAAAGCAAAACCAUCAAUAAGUAGGCAUUUUAUAGCUUUAACGCCGUGUGAGUUCCAAGCUGUUUCCCAGUGAGUUUACUACUGCUGCAGGGGCCCAUGGGUGGGGUAAAUGAUAUGGUCGAUUUGAGGACAUGGAACACAAAUGCCGAGUAGAGAAGCCUUGACCCCUUUUACUCAAGGCUGAUGUUUUUAACUUCAUAGCACAUGUGAAGCUUUGAGUCCGCAAGACAAAGGGGUGUCCGUGUGUCAGUGUCCUUAUUUAUUGGUUCCUGAUAUUUUGCUGCUGCAAUGUUACUGAGUCAGACUAAAGACAUUUGCUCUUACUUUGUUGGAAAAGAGAAAGAAUUUAAAGUUGCACACAGUGAAAGCCACAAGCAUGCCCCAGCGGGUCUGCUCGUGGCCAUCCCACCUCUUGCUGUGGCUUCAGCUUGUUCUGCUUCUUUGUCAGUUUCAAAAGCAACAUCAGAGGUGCCCGCCAUGACGGAUGUGAAGAAACCAGUGUCUUGGAGUGGACAAUGAACUUUUGGAGCAUGUAGUGCUGUGUGGAGCUUCUUCUUAUGCAAGGGAACACGUCCUUAUUUUGAGGGAACACACGCCUCAUCAUUGAUUUGCAUCCUCAUUGCAUUUGCUUCAUUUAUUUAUUGCUGUUGCCUGAAUAUUCUUAAAUAUUGAUUGGUCCCGCACUUUCCAUGGGUUGUGGCCUGUGUGCUCACAGCUUGCUGUAGUCUCUUUUAAUUUCCAAGUAGCAUAUGCCACAGUCAAAACCAGCUACCCAGUGUUACUACUUACUUUUCCCCUCAGGAGGGUGAGGCAGAUGAGUUCUCAGUGGGAACUUCUCCAAAUGGAUUGCAAGAGAAAUACUAAAUUGAUUCCAAGCAUGUUCCAUUCUCUUCUCUGUUGGAUGCAAAAUGUCCAGUUUUAAUGUCUAGGCAUGCACUUUCAUACCAGCAAUCACAGCGCAGAAGGACAGAAUUAAAAUUUCUACAGCCAAUUUAAGCAUCGGGCAUCUUUGUAUUUGAGUGUAAUGACAUAUUUAGUCAAGAUUUGUGUCUUUAAGAAAUCAAGCUGUUUUAGGCCCAUUGUAUGAUCCAUGUAAGGUUUAUCCCACUUGCCCUUUCACUUGUCCUUGUCCCUCCCCUUUUGCUGCUUCACUCUCACCCCUUUCAAUCUCAAUGUCAUUUAAUAUUGAUGCAUCAGGUACAUGUGCACUUGACUGAAAAUAACAGAACACCAAGACAACAGUGAGGGCUUAAUAAGAAACCUGGGAGUUGGCCACCCUGGGACUGUCUCCAUAACAUCACCAGGGAUUCAAAUUCCUCGUAUUUCUUUUCCACCUUCCUUUUCCUCUUCCUUUGGCUUAUUGUUUCAUAGUUGCAAGGUGGUUGCUAAACUGCUAGCUACCAUGUCUGCUUUCUACAUGGGAAGAAGGAGGAAGAGUCAAGUAACAAGAUACAAUAUAUAUAUCAGGAAAGGAAAGGUUUCCCAGAGAUGCUCAACACGCAGCCAUUGGCUGGAAUUCUGUCAUGUGGUUCCCCUCGUGCAUGCAAGUCUGGGAAGGAAAAUUUUUAGCUAGGCACAUUAUUCUCCUAAAUUUGAACU